UUACAUUAUCUGUAAGUCAUCUGACUGUGCCACUUGAGGUGAAAGCGCACGGCUGGCUGGUUGAGAUGCGCCCCGGCUUCUGGUUUUACGCAGAGAGGAGCGCGGCGCACGGUUCCGUUUGACGGUUACCAAGCAGCCUCUUCAGUCUCGUGUCAGCUGCGUGGAUUUGCACUGUGAGCCUGCAGGUGAAUUGGACCUCAUCAGCUGACUGACGUUCCUCAUAUCAAGAGAGCCUCCUUACACCGAUAGAUCCUGGAGGAAUGGGUUUAAUUUAAAGUGCUUUUCCGAGUAGGCCUGCUCCACCCGUGUCUUCUCCGUCUGGACUCUACUUAGUUCAAAGUGCCAAACUUGAAGUUUACAGGGGGACGUUUUCUGCACAUGAUGUACACAAUUACCAGAGGUCCUAGCAAACUGGUUACCCAACGACGCACAGGGCCCACACAGCAGCUGGACAACAAAAUAAACGACUUUAAGCACAAGCAAACGUCCUGGGGCAUGCCUGACCUUCCUGCACCCAAAAUAGUUUUCAACCGCCUGAACAGUAAGAAGUACCAGCACCCUGCUGCGGCUCUCCCUGCAGACAACCAAUGGGAGGAGAGUUUCACCCCCGCACACGAGGAAAAUGUCAAGUUUGUUUAUGAGGCCUGGCAGGAGGUGUUGCAGCAGGAGCAGGGACCAAGCCAGGGAAGAGAUGAGCCCCAGAGAGCAGUCCACUAUAAAGAAACUACUCCAAGCCCACACAUAAACGAUUUUGUGCCCAUUGACCUGGAUGAAUGGUGGGCCCAGCGCUUCCUAGCCAACAUAGACAAGCUAUCCUGACAUUUUUUGUGGGAGUUGUGGAUCUUGAUGACAGUCACGAGGCGAGACCUGAAGCUAGAUAGCUCACAGAGGAGAAGAUGCCUGGGGGCAGCAAGUGCAAUAGGUCACAGUGCCCCAAUAUAGUCCAAAUGGACAAAGUGCUUGGACAGUGAGAAACAAAACCCAGAAGUAUCACUUGAGCGUUGUUAAGGACAAUCCCUCAAACACUAAAUAAUCUGUAUGACACACUGGAGGACAAUGUCUCGCAGUCAAGGUUUUACCUCAAUUUACUCCCCUACCAAUAGAUGUCAUGUUACUUUAAAAUGCAGUAAAAUUGUAUUUUCAA